AUGAGUGAUCGUGUGGAAGAAAACUGCAGGAAAAGCGAUUCUGCCCAGGAAACAUCUGCAGAAGGAAAUGUCUCUCCUGAUAAGGACUGCUCAAUAACACAAAAACAAUUGCAACAACUUGAGAAACAAUUAAAAUGCUUAGCCUUUCAAAAUCCAGGACCUCAGGUAGCUGACUUCAAUCCUGAAACUAGAGAGCAGAAAAAGAAAGCGCGCAUGUCACAGAUGAAACAAGAUUUUUUUUAUAAGCCCAAAAUUAAAAGGAAGUACGACAAACAUGGCAGGCUGCUUUGUAAUAACAUCGAUUUGUGUGAUUGCCUGGAAAAGAACUGCCUGGGUUGCUUCUAUCCUUGCCCCAAAUGCAAUUCAAACAAAUGUGGACCAGAAUGUCGCUGCAAUAGGAAAUGGGUUUAUGAUACAAUUGAGACUGAAGCUGGGAAUGUAAUCAGCGUGUUGCCAUUUUUUGUCCCUGACUGA